AGCCCGGCCGCGGGGAUGGAGGCGAAGGAGCUGCAGGAGCGGCUGCGGGAGGCGGCGGCGCUGGGGGACGCCGAGGAGGUGCGGCGGCUGCUGGCGCUCGGCGUCAGCCCCAACGCGCAGAACGAAGUCAACGGGUGGACGUGCCUGCACUGGGCCUGCAAGCGGAACCACGCGGCUGUGGUGGCCCAGCUGCUGCUCUGCGGAGCAGAUAAGGAGAUCCUCAGCAGGAAGGGGGAGCGGCCGGCCCAGCUGACGUCCCACAAGGAGAUCCGCAGGAUGCUGGGAGUGGAAGAGGACGAACUCCCAGACGUAGCAACCAAUUCGGAGCUGCCCAUCAUCCCUAACUACCUGGCUAACCCACCUUUCCCGUACAUUUACAACUCCAUGAGCAGCAGCCUCCCGGAGCCCCCUGCCAACGGCAGCGCGUCCCACGGGGAACGGCAGAGCUCUGCCUCCUCCCUGCCGCCUGCUGCACAGCUGUGCGUGCGGCCGUCGGCGCGCUGUGAGGACGCGGCUCCCGCUGUGUGCGCCGGGUUGCGGUGCUCCGGGGCCGCAGCUCAGAGCGCGCUGCUCCAGGCGCCGUGGGGCGCAGCUCCUCCUUCCCCCGCCGGACCUCAGCAGCCCGGAGCUCCGCUGGGCAGCGGCUCCUGCACGGGGCCCGUGCCGACCUUCCAGCCCGUGUUCUUCACAGGAGCUUUUCCACUUAAUAUGCAAGAACUGGUGCUUAAAGUUAGAAUACAAAACCCUAGUCUUAAAGAAAAUGACUUCAUUGAAAUUGAGCUGGACAGACAAGAGCUGACCUAUAAGGAACUGCUCCGAGUGAGUUGCCGUGAGCUGGGUGUUAAGCCUGAACAUGUACAGAAGAUCAGAAAAUUACCAAACACAAUGCUGAGAAAGGACAAAGAUGUGGCAAGGCUACAGGAUUUCCAAGAACUGGAACUUGUUCUGACAGUAAGCGACAAAAACUUCCCUUUCAGAGCCCCAGCACUUUCCGAACAGAGUGGUUAUAACAAGAAGGCAUCAGAACUGACCUAUUAAUCAUUUAAAGAAUAAAACUAUUUCUAUCUCUCAUUUUAAAAUUACUUUUGAAAUACGGUAUCUAUAAGGGCUAAUGAUGCGAAGAAAAAAAUCUAUUUUGUUAACUUUGAAAUAAACUGAAGCUGUUCUGCACUAAA